AUGGACGACUUAUUUGACGCCUUCGACGAUAAGCCCCAGACAGCUGCUCCCAGCAGGCCUAAAAAGGCAAAGAAAGACAAGAAAGAUCGCAGCAAGAAGAGAAAUGCGAACGGAGAUGUAAAGCCAAUUGCUGAUGCGCAAGAUGUGGAUGCUGAGAUGGUAGACUCCGAGGAACCAGCGGAUAUUGAAGAAGAUGACGAAAUUAAAGAAGCAAAGAAGGACGCUAAACGACGCAGAAAAGACACAGAAGCCGAUCCGGUAGUUACAGAUACAUUCGAGACAGCACAAUCGCGAGAGCUAGCUGCUUCAGCAGGAUUACAAGGUGCCCCAGAAGAAACAGCAUUGGUUUUACAGCACAACAUUCAACAUCAAGUUUCUUUACCUCCCGAUUACGAAUACAUUCCAAUAUCGCAGCACAAAGCUCCUGCCGAACCCGCUAGAACUUGGCCAUUCGAGUUGGAUCCUUUCCAGAAAGUUGCUAUUGCAUCAAUUCAAAGAAAUGAGAGUGUAUUGGUCUCGGCGCAUACCAGUGCGGGAAAGACUGUUACAGCAGAAUAUGCGAUUGCGCAAUGUCUCAAAAACAACCAGAGAGUCAUUUACACCAGUCCUAUUAAAGCUUUGAGUAAUCAGAAAUAUCGAGAAUUUACUGCGGAUUUUGGAGAUGUUGGUUUAAUGACUGGAGAUGUUACAAUUAACCCAACCGCGACUUGUCUGGUUAUGACAACCGAGAUUUAA